GGGGAAUGUCGCUCUUAAGGGAUCCCGAAGCUAGUGUCCGUUGAGUUCAGACUAUGUGAAAUACUCCGGAAAUGCACCUCAUACACUCACUGGAACAUAUAUAGAAAAAAAUAAAGUAAAAAGGAGGGCCUGCUCCUUGGCUGCGCGUCGAGACCGUCACUUGUCCCGCGCUCGGGGAACGGCGCGCUCUGAUUGGUCCGUUUUGACAAGCGUCGUUUACCCGCCAUUUCUCCCCCGAGUCGAUUAUAUCCAGGUUGAGGAGGAUUUUCAAACGGGAAAAUGUCCGACGACGAAACGAAGCCACAGAUGGAGGAGGCAGAGAUAAGGUUGAAGAGAAGGAACAGGUGCCGGACAAUAUGCCUGAAGAGGAGACAGAAACAAAAGAUGAGCCUCCAAAAGAGGAAGAAAUGGAAGAUGACACAACUAAAGUUGAAGAGAAGGAAGAGGAGAAAGUAGAAGAGAAAGAGGAAAAAGAAGAAACAAAACAAGAGACACCAGUAAAAGAAACACCUGAAACUCCCCCAAAAGAAGAUGUGCGACCUCUCUAUGACCAACCCUUAGAGAUGGGGUGGUAAGAGAGACCGUAAAAAGGGGGAGAGGUUUGUUAAAGGGGACCAAAAAAGAAGAGCCUGAAGCCUCAGGGAAAGGUGCAGCACUCGGGGACAUUCCAUACAUUAACGCCAUGAUUAUGAAAAUGCAAGUAGAUGACCUAAAAGUUUUACACAGAGUGGCAUACAGUCGGCCUGGAAGUGGGAAUGAGGUGAAAAAGAACUUAAGGAAAUUUAAUGGCUUCCCAUUCACGAAAGAGGACAAAAAGUACAAUUUGAAAUUAAGUAAUGUAGAGAGGAUUCUAAUGUCCGAGAUCAAGAAGAUGCUUUUGAUUUUGGGCUUGGAGCGUGCGGGCAACAAAGGUGAGGUUGUUGAGAGAUUGAUGGAGUUCAUGCUAAAUCCUGAAGAUCGGGGACGAAAGCCACCCACAGUUGCAAAGACCAAAGCAAGAGGAAGACCCAAAAAGGGAACACAAGGGAAGAAGAAAAAGAAUAACACAUCACAUGAGUCUGUCAAGAGCGGAGAAAGUGGGAGCGAUGAGUCAGGUGAUAGCGGCCUGCAAAAAAGCCCCAAGCCAAGAGGGCAACACCAGCCAAAAAAGCAAUGCCUGCUAAGCGUUCAAAGGCUCUCGCCUCUGCAGACUCUGAUUCUGACUCGGAUGAUGAGCCUCUUGCAAAGAAAGUCAAGCAACCUCCUACAGAUGUUGAGUUGAAGGCAAUGGUGAAGAAGAUCUUAGAUGGUGCCAAUUUAGAAGAAAUCACAAUGAAAAGUGUCUGUCGACAAGUGUACGAUAAUUACCCAGACUUUGACUUAACUCACAAAAAAGACUUCAUAAAGGAAACAGUAAAAUCAAUUAUAUCGUGAUCAGUUGGCACAACCAUCUUUACCAUAGUACAAAGUGUUCAUAUACAUGAUAUAUAAUAAUGUCAGAGAUAGCUAUUUUCCAAAUCUAGCAAAAUUGCUACUUUGCAAAUCUUUUAAAAGAUAUAGUUAAUUAAUGAUAAUAGUAAUCAAUGUGGAUGAAGUUUUGAGGCAUAUUUUAUGCAAAAAAAAAAAAGAAAGAAAAUGAACCAUAGUUAAGGUUACUAAGUAAAUUUUAUAAGCACUUUUCUUUAUAAACUAUACAAAAGUACACUAUGUAUAUGUUUUGAUAUGUUUGAAGGUUGCCUCUUCUAUUAUGCAGGUUGCAGCUAAAUGUAACAAAAAUCUUGAAAAUGUCCACAAAGCAUUAAGAAUGACACAGAAUCCCUGCAAAAUUGGGUUCUGUAGUAAUCCAUUUCAUGUCUUGAGCCCAUCUUGACAGUCGUUUGUAGUGUAUUUGUAGGAGCGACGAAUUUCAAGAAGGCUUAAUGUUAUAGGCUGUGUGUUACUUGUUUGGUUAGAGAGUGUGAGUACUGUACCUCCUCAUGCUAUGAUACGGAAAUGGUUACCUGUAUUUUUGCAUUUUUAACUUAUUCAAAAAGACUUGAUACAAGUAGAAACUGUUUUUGGUUAUUUGAGGAGAAAUGGAAAUAGGCAGAGAAAAGAAAUAACAAGACAGACAUACCUAGUGUUCCAUUUAGACAACUAUUGGUAUGUGAUCAUUGUAAAUGGAACCAAAAUACAAUUUAGAAAUAUUUCUUGUCAUAAAUUCUGCACUUGAGAGAUUUUUGACCACCUCUUUGUUUUACUUUUUUUCUGUUUUUAUCACAGUUUUAAGCAUAUUUUUUUCCAAAUUGCAGAAUAGGAAAGUCAACAAAAGCAAAAAACUUCCGUUUUUGUUAAAUGUGCCAUUUUUCUCCCCCACUUAUACCUCCUCACUACAAGUUGAAAAAGAAGACUUACCCAGAUCACCAUAUCCUUUGUAGACUGUAGGAGAGACACUUACAAAAAAGUAUUAUUUUAUUUAUGCAACGUCCGCCACUGUUAAAGAGGAGGAAUCAACUUAAAAAGAAUAUAUAUGGAACAAAAAAUUCACCAGGACAAUGAUUCAGUUCAAUGUGAUUAAUUGAGAGCAGGAAAGGAAAAAAAUGAUUUUGUACAUCUUUUUUAAAUGUGCCCGGAAGUCCGUAUAAAUUAUAUUUUUUUGUAUGGUAAUGCAGAAUUGUUCUCUUUUUUAAUGUGUGUGUGAUAAUUAUUGACAUGCUUUUUGCUCUAACAUCCAAGUUAUUGAAGAGAGAGAAAAAAAGAUCAGAAGAUUUUGAGGGAUCUUUUAGAAGUCCUUUUAGAAAUGCCAAUUAUAUAUCUCUUGAGGUUGUAUACUUCCAUUGAUAAAAAGCAAAAUUUAAAUGCACUUAUCAGUUUUUAAUCUUAUUCAUUGUUUGGUAGCUUCAGUUUUUAAGUGAUUAUUCCUUAAAGUUUAAAGACUUCUGUGAGCUACGACAUAUUUACCCAUGACCAUUUUUAUGCAAAGUCACCUUUGCAUUAGAUUUAAUGUUGCCCUAAGGAAACUAUAUUUUAGAGCACUUCAAAGUUUUAUUGGCAUUCAUGGAAUUAUAUGUAUUUCAUGAUGAAUCUUUAACAUUCAAAUUAAAACCAUUUCUUUGGUUAUGGAAAUAAUUUACCAUCAGAACUUUGUCAAGGUGUUAUGAUAAUAGCAUGAAAGUAACAGUGUUAUUUAUUUGCUCAGAGAACUUGGUAGGUCAUGUGUGACCUGUAAUUGAGCAAAGAAUUGUUAACAGGGCAUAUAAUCAUUAGUAAUUUUGAUUUAUCAAAAAGCUGUAAAUGGAGUAUAGUUUUUGAUUAUACUGUAUUGAUCAAAGAGUAUACUGUCAAAACAUAUACUAAGUUUCAUCCAGUCUAAAAAGAUGGAUAACAAAUGCGAACUUGGAAGUUUUAGGUUCUAAAAAAGCAGCUCAAAAUCUCUGAUCUUUUACAUUUACAAAUUUUACCUACCCCUUUUUUACCAGAUAAGGUCAUGGCAAAAUGUAAGAUUAUUCUAAUAAAGUAGGUUUUAGAUA